AUGUCUCCGACAAGUCCUCCGGCGAAUGGGGUAGGGCUCGGGUACGGCAUAGCCAUCGCGGUGAGCAUCCUGGUUCUGAUCUCCACUAUAAUGCUCGCUUCAUACAUCUGCAUUAGGUCAAAAGUUAGUGGAAGGGACCAUCACGAAGCCAUGAGUGAGGGAGUUCUUGACUCGCCGGCGACUGAAGUGAAGCUCGGGCUAGACCGGCCAGUGAUAGAGUCAUAUCCAAGAAUAGUGCUUGGAGAUAGCCGGAGAUUACCUAGGCCCAAUAACGGCCCAUGUUCGAUAUGCCUAUGUGAUUAUGAAGCUAGGGAUCCGGUUCGGUGUAUACCGGAGUGUAACCACUGUUUCCAUGCUGAUUGUGUUGAUGAAUGGCUCCGGACAAGUGCCACGUGUCCUCUUUGUAGGAACUCACCGGCUCCUUCUAGGCUAGCCACUCCAUUGUCCGAUUUCGUCCCACUUACUUUUCAAAUCAGGUGA